UGCAGGCGCUGCAUAGAAUAAAAACAUGCGAUUUGUGGGAAAUGAUAAUAGCUUUCUUAACAAGGGAAGACGCGUUGUACGCCGUUGCAUGGAUACAUGUAUUAAUAUUUUGUCCGUUUUUAUAAUCGGACAGAUCCUAAAAAACAGCCGCUGCUGUUUAAUCGAAAUGUAGAAGACCAAAACGGGUCUUUAAUUCUAGGUUUACAGUCCGCUAUUUUCCUUUACACGCGAAGGUUGAAAUCAUUGAUCGGUUCAUAUGCCUAUUCGUUUUUCAUCUGAUUGUAUUUCGUUUUUGAAUAAUUGUAUUAAUGGCAGGCUAUAUUAUAUCUAGUGCAUUAUUGAUACACUGCUUAAUUUCUAUCUCUCUCAAACUGGGCCAUGUUUUAUUUUAAACUAGCUUUAAUCUCUGAGAUUAUUUCUCGUUUAUUGGAUGGACUCCGGUCGAAACCCAGGAUGGGGACUGUUGUGCAGCAAAGCGCAGCAACUGGACUCCACAAACUCCCGAGCAGGGUGGAGCGGGAAUGGGCCAAAAGUUCAUGGACCGACAAAACAUGUGACGAGCACCAGAAUGACGACCCAAAAGAAGCCUUUGCAUCCCCAGAUGAUGAUCCCAAGUGUGGACAACACUCACAUUCCCACCCCGUCAGCAACCAAGAAGCAGCAAAGAAGACAGAAGCACAAACCAAACAUUCCUUCAGUCAAACACAACACUAACACCUCUGAACUCAGCACUCAGGGCCAGUUGGACCCUCCUUCAUUGCCCCUGUUAUCAGCUUUGGAUGGGAAGGAGAGGAGCAGGAGGAGAGAGCAGCAGGAGAGGAGAGAGCAGAGGGAGAAGGAGAGGAGGGAGGAUCAGGAGAGGGAGGCUCAGAGCAGCCAUCACAGGGAACAGAAGCAGACUGUCUCCAGGAGGAGUAGACAAGCUGUGUCCCUUCCUCACAACCACAGCUCCAGCCAUAGCUCCCAGGUCCUGCCUGGAGGUGUACCUGUGGGCCAGAGGACAGCCCAGGUGUCUGGGGGGUUGGGGGACAUAUACAGUGACAUAGACACAGACCUGUCUGAAUCAGAGAGGCUCCCUCUCCCCUCCUCCCCAUCCUCCCCCCCUAACCUCAACCUCCGUCCAGAGGUCAUCUUUCCCCAUGACUUCCAAAAUGAUCUCCCUGGACCCCGAGGCCACGCCCCUGGUCUGUUCAGCUACCCAGAUUUCCUCCCUCCACCCUUCAACUCCUGGAGCCUCCGGCAGCUGGCCGUGUUUCUCCACCCAGAGGGAAGACACCCCCCCCGCUCCAGACCUGCAGGCAUGGCGCUGGACAGGUACCUGGAGCAGCUACUGCUGCUGGAGUGGCUCCGGAUCCAGACAGUUCAGGAGGAGAGUGGGAGUGUGUCCUCUGUUCCAACCAGUCGCUACUGUUCCCACCAUGGUGCACCCUCCCUCCACGGGAGACUCAGCUCUCCCAAAUGCAUCCUCCAGUGCCAGAGAGCUUUCCCAGUUACUCUCCUCUCCUCCCUGUCUCCCUCUGCCCCGCUGUCUGGCUGCACACAUUACCACGCUCGCUACCCGCCCUGUAGCGGGGCCUGCCGCUCACACACCUCCCCCUGCCUCAACCCCUUCUCUGACCACCGGGGCCGUGUCUCUCUCCCCAAGAGGAGCUACAGUGAGAGUCGGGUCCACUCUGCUGAGAAGGCCUCUGGGCGUCAGAGUUGUGGGAGCCCUGCCAUGGGGAUCGGCCACCUGAAACGGAUGCAGGCUUUUGGGAACAUCCGUAACCCUGUAGCCGUUAGUCCUACCAGAAGGCAGAGGUCAUCGUCUGUAGUCAGGAACCCCAGUUUUGGGUCAGGGUCUGGGUCAGGGACUCCCAGAGGAUGUAAUUGUGUUGGGUCUGGAUCUAGUGGUGCCAUCUAUGAAGUCUCCAGUAGCGUGAGAAGGAGGAGGGGGAGAAGUGAAUCUGAGCGAAGGAGAGGGACAGGGACUGGAUUUGGAUCAGGGACUGGGUGUGAGGCUUGGGAAAGGGCUAUGGAGAGGGCUGGUUUUGGGCAGGCCAAGGGCAUCGACAGUAGUCAGGCACCCCAGACAGACCAGGGUGAGGAGGAGGAGGAGAAGUGGAUCUGA